AAAGUCUCCAGCUAAUUAUCUUCUUUUCAUAUUCUAUUAGACUCAACAUUCAGGUUCUCCUUGACGACAGAGAAGACGUGUUUACUCCGGACCAGAUGAGAAUGAUGGAUGACCAGAGGACCAGCAGGAGAGCGGCGCCCGCCUUUCUUUCAGUCGCCUAAGACAGGACUCACACCCUGGGCAGCUGAGAGUAGACGUCAACCAUCCAAUCCACCCCAGGCAGACCACUGUCCCACUCCCAGUACUCUACCUGCUCCCAGGCACCAAGCCCUGUCUGAAGACCCAGCGAGGACAGCUCCACCCCGACCCCCACCAACACCACCUUCACCUGCCAAGGGGAUGAUUACCGCCCCAGCCCGACCAGCACAGACGACGUUGUUACCGUCUGCUUCUUCUUCUGUGGGUCCGGGAUGCUCCUCACAUACACAGGAAGCUGUCACAACAGACACUUGAGACUGAAUGAAAAAAAUCUUAGAAUAAUUAGUUUUCACAAUAUGUAAACUGUUUAUCUCUGAAUAGUGCAAUGCAAUACCAAGUGUAAGACAAACCUUCUAAAUAUUUGUAAUUAUAUACACAAUAUCAUAUACUUGUAUGUAUAAUUCAGAAA